AUCUACUCCUCACAGAACUCCGGGAACGGAUAUGAUGGUGCACAUUGUGUUGUGCGUAUGAAAUAAGUAGUUGUGUUGUUCUACCAUCCUACUGAAUUAGUGAGACAAUGACGGACAUUGCUGAAACGCUGCAGAAGUAUGAGGAACAGUUCGCCAGUAGAUUUACCGCACAGGACGAGCAGUAUCAAAAGUAUCUCGAGCAACCAGUGAACACGCCGCCUGUUGUUGAAGACUGGAGAGGUCGGAGUGGAGGCGGCUUUCAGCGAGGCAGGGAUUACCGUAAUCAAGACCAGAGAGGAUUCCGAGGCCGAGGUCGUGGCUGGGGAUGGCAGGAACAGCGGGGACAGUGGCAAGACCGGCGCUGGGGGUCAGGGGGUCACCACCAAGGCGGACAGCACAACUCCUACAACCAGGGAUAUGGCGGCGGCGGUGGUGGCCAGAGACACUAUGACCGCUACUAAAUAUCACAUGACCUCAAACUCUGCUGAGGUGGUGGUGGUGGUGGUUGCAUUGGUGAUACCAGAGCAAUUGGAAUAUAGGUGAUACUUUCUUACUGAGCAGUGUGGUCCUGUGGUCCAAUAGUAACAGGGCAUGCAUAUUCACUUGCUACCUUUGUCUUUAAUUCUCAACAGAGGUUUAUUUAUUCUCGACAGUAAAAUCGCAGCAGAUAUAAGCGUGCUGUCAUCCACGGAUGAAAAUCAGGACCGUUUGUGAUACUGGAAUGUAUGAGACCAAACCCUGUAGUCUUUCAACCAUUGUUAUUUUACACAAGUAAAGAAAAACAAUUUUUGUGUCCUUUUUACCUCGCCAUCAUACUUUGUUACUUCCUUGGACUUAGUGUGUAUUGAUUUGCUUUAUGCCAGUUUUACUCUUGCUGUUAGAAUGGAUCUUUGAAGAACUGUGCUUAGUCACAUGUUUUUUCCCCUUGUAACUGCAUUCAGCUGGUCUGGAUAUUUACCUAGGCACAGACAAUAAACAUGUGCACGGAAGACGAUGGUCAACGCUUUGUGCGUGUGUGUGAAAUGUUUCCUUUCCAGAUUAGAAUUUGUUUUUUUGUGAAUGAAUAUUAAUGGAUACUGAUUUUUUUAAUUAAAGCUGCUGCUGUCUCCAAUA